ACAGUAAAUUUACAUUUAUUAUGUAUACACAAUGUACAUAUUUGUGUAAAAUAACUUCAUUGGGGUCCAAAUGUCUGAAGCUUCUGAGACUUUUGGUCUCCGCUGUAUGUGUGUAUAUGAGCAGACACUGUGUUUUUAAAAUAAAUUGAGCUUGGAACAAUCUACAUCUGUGUGCUUAACCAAAAACUGGUUGUCUGUUCCAUUUAUUUGUUUCAAGGGAACAUCUCAAAAUGUCAACACAGCUAAGCAUUAAGAGACCCAAGUCUUGCCGUCACAUGGACGUAAGACUGCUGAACCACAAAGAGGACGUCCAUCUUCAGUGGAAACUACACAACAUCAGCGCCAAAUACAGACUCAACCUCAGGCUGCUGGAGCAGGAGCGAGAGCUAGUGCUAAAAGAGCACAAACGGCUGCUUAAUUUAAGGGUUUGCGAACCGCACGCGACCAUAAACAAAACAAUGACGGCCAUAUCAGAGGUCAGGAUGACAAACGAUGCACACAAGACACGAUUUUCAAAAUCCGCUCCAGCUUUCAGACCUCUAUCCUCGGUGAAAGCGUGUAAGGAUGACAGAGAACAGAGGUUUGCUAAAUCAGCAUCAUUCUCUGUCAAGCAAGUCGAUUCUUCUUCAUCUAUGAUAGUCACAGAGAAAUUCAAAGCUUCAGAAAACGGUCAGCUUUCCAUUCUACAGCUGAAAGACCUGGCGUUGAUCGACAGCAUCUCUCAGAAAGAGCUGAUGUAUCAGGAAGAGUAUUAUCGACGGUAUAAAGAAAGACUGAAACAACUGCAGAGAGAAAAACUACAACAGAAAAUAAGGAGCUUUCUCAACUCUAUAGAGCAUUUGACAAUGUAUGUAUGAACAUUUGUGUGCUUUUAAGAGAAUUUUGAACUGAUGAAUCAUGCUAAAUAGUUGUUUGUUUCCUCAGUUCUCUUAAGUUACGUGUGAUUCACCUCUGAAUGUAAAGCUCUGUGCAUCUCUCAGGUCAUAUGAGCCCAAUGGUAGAGCUGUCUGGUUUUAACUGCACUGUAACAGGACAUUAUUUACAUUAAGGCGUUAAUUUUGUCACAUUCGUUAAGCGAUGCUUCCCAUCCUCCUCAUGGUCAGGAGAGCUGUAUGAGCUGGAGACUCCAGGAGCAACGACUGGUUUUUCUUCCACUGUGGAGAUUCUGAAAGUGUUUUA